AUGGCCUGGAGGAAGGCGGUGCGGGUGGGACUUGGGGACAACCAUGAGCAGCUGCGCUGGUGCGAGAUGGACAAGAGGGACAAGUCCAGGGCAGGGGCCGCCGCGCGGCUCUUCGAGUUCUGGGAGCAGCGGGAGCUUCAGGGCGAGGGCCUCUGGCAGACCUCCAGGACCCCAGCAGCUGGGAGAGGGGAGCGGGCCCCUGCGAAGACCCCAGGCCCAGGCUGUAUCUCUAGCUCGGGGCAUGCCAGCGGGCCCACCAGGCCAGGCCCUCUUGGGCAGAAGGGGCUCCGGCCCCCAGCUGAGGAACCUGUGGCCAGAGGAAAAGCCCCUGAAGGGCCCAGAAGGAGCGCCCUGAGCGCUGGGGCACGGAGAGACUCUUCUGGGUCCACUCCAGCCGUCUCCUCCUCGGCCAUCUCCCGUCGAUCCCGGGCUGCGGGCGCUGAGGUGGGUGUCGCCCGGGCAGCUCCGAGUGGCCGGCCCCGGCCCCCGACCGAGGCUUCCAGGAAAUCAGUGAGCAGCGCCCCAGAGCGCAGCGCCGCGGAGCCGAGCCCUGCCAGCAGGAGGCGACCCAGCGCCGGCGGGGGCCUCCAGAGGCCAACCUUGCGCCCCCUGAGCUCCAGCGCCACUCCUCUGUCCUCCCCAGCCCGCUCCGGGGCUUCCCCGGCUGGAACACCCCGGGCUCUGGGGCAUCCCUCGCAGCCCAAGUCCAGAGGACUGCAGGCUCUACGCCCCCCGCAGGCCACACCCCCAAGGAAGGGCGCAGUCCCUGAACGGGGCUUUUCUCCUCCUUUGGCCACCUCCUCCCUACCCUGUCCUAUUGCACCGCCUUCCCAUAUCACAGCCACUCCCUUGAGGGGCUCGCUCCCACCGUCUCCACCGACCACGCCCCCUCCCCAGGCCCCUAUCCACCCGUUGGCCACGCCCCCUCCACUAGCCCCUCCUCCCUCUGCUCCACCCUCUCUGCCGACCCUCCCCUCUCCACCGGCCACACCUCCUUUGCAAGCUCCCCCCGCACAUCUGGGUACAUCUUUUCCGGAGGUAUCCGUCUCUUCUUCGGCCACGGCCACUUUUCUGACUUCAGUCCCUCCAUCAGUUUCACCCGCUCUGCAAAGUAUGCCCCCCACCGAGGCGUCUUUGGCUUUACCCCCUUUUCCAGCUCUCCCCUCUCCCUUGGCCACACCUCCUUUGUCGGGUCCUCUGCCACCAGCCACUGCCCCUCUACAAGCCCCUCUAUCUCAAGCAACAUCUCUGAGGAACCCGUCUUCUUCCCUAACCACACCCCCUCUUCAGGCUCCUUCUGCUCUGCCCACGCCCCCUCCGCAGGCUCCACCUCUGGCCUCGCUCCCUCUGCAGGCGCCUCUCUCUCCCCCUGCUUCACCCCCUCUGCAAGACCCUCCCUCCCCCCUGGCCACGCCCCCUCCGCGGGCUCCACCUUCCCUGGCCUUGCCCGCUUUGCAGACCCCUCCCUCUCCCCCUGCCUCACCCCCUCUGCAAGCCCCACGCCGCCCCCCAACCCCGGGUCCCGAUGCCCCAGUCUCGGGCCCACGGCUGACCCUGGCGCUGGCCCCGGGCCCACCGCCGCCACCCUCGCGCAGCCCUUCCAGUACGCUGAGCGGCCCGGACCUGGCGGGCCACAGCAGCAGCGCCACGAGCACGCCCGAAGAGCUGCGCGGCUACGACAGUGGGCCCGAGGGCGGCGCCGCAACCUCCCCGCCCGCCGAUGCGGAGCUCGCCGCCUGCCACCCGGCCGCCUGGAGCCGAGGUUCCGCUCCGCCGCUGGCCAUCCGCGGCACCUCAGGAGCGCCCCUGCCUUGGUCUCCUGCUGCUGGGUCGGGCUCUGCUGACGGCUUGUGCACCAUCUACGAGGCUGAAGGGCCCGAGUCCGCGGUCGUGCAGCACCUGCUGAGCCGGACGCUGCUGCUAGCUGCGGCCGAGGGUGCCGCGGGCGGCACCGGUGGCUCAGGGGACGCGGGGGGUGCCGGCAGCGCGGGGGGAGCCCGCACUGCGCUCAGCGACGCCGAACUGGGCCGCUGGGCCGAACUAUUGUCUCCCCUGGACGAGUCCCGCGCCAGCAUCACCUCAGUCACUAGCUUCUCCCCGGAUGAUGUGACUUCCCCGCAGGGUGACUGGACCGUGGUAGAGGUGGAGACCUUCCACUGA